CAACCCCCGACCGGCGCCGACGUCCAACUCCGGCGACUCCAGCGUCAUGUCCCUGGACGUGGUCGACGAUGGGUGUUCCGCCGAGGCAGUGCGCCAGGCAGCUGACGGCAUCACAGCCGACGACCCCGAUUUCAAGGACACUGUGCCCUACCUUAACAGCGUGUCAGAAAGCUUGAAAGACGAGUGUUUGAAGCAGCUGAUAGCACUGAAGCAAAAGCUGCUUCGGGAGUUUGCUGAAGUGUUGUGUCUUAUUGAGAGGAAGUACACGCUCAAGUACGCUGAAAGCUUAUCUGAGGCUCGAGAACAACAAACAGUGGCACGAUACUACCAAAACACCGCCGAAAAGCAGAAAAAGAUCAUAGAGAAGAUGGCGGACGCCCUGCAGCGCCGCCGCGUCCGCUACCAGCUCGCCAGGUGUUUCAAUGCCUGGCAACGGAUAGCCCGCAACGCGCGGAAGGCGAAGGCGAGCGCCGAGGACAGCGAUGAAGUGCGCGACAAGGCGGGCGGCGACAGCGACUGCAUCGACAUCGAGUACAUGAGGACAGAGGAGAUAGGCAACAAGGUAUACGAGAGGAAAUUGAGCGCACAGCUCAGCAAAGCAUUCGAGCAGGAGGCGCUGGCCAAGGAGUGCCGAAAAUACCACGCGGGACCGCCCUGUUCGGGGAAGGUGUGCAAAUGCAAACGGCAAACAGAGAGGUUACGCUAUAGACGCGUGGAGCAGCUGGAGUGCGAGCUGGAGCAGGCCAGGAGGAGAGAGCAGAUGCUGCUCGAACAGAAGCACCAGGCGGAGGCCAAGUACCGGCAGGCCAUCCUCCACGGCAUGAACUUGGGCAAGGCGCGGGACGACAGCCAGAAUGACAGCCCUGCCUCCGAAUGCCUGGGCAUGAAGACCACCACCGUGUGCCGACGACGCGUGGAGAGCAGCGACUCGACGCUGCCGCCGGCGCGCGACGACUGA